UUUUCUUUUUACUUAUAUCAACUUGACGACAAUUCCAUAAAUGAGUCAACCUCCAGAAACACCCAAUCAGUUUGAUUCCUUUGCAGCUCCACAAACACCUCACCAUGGUCAACAGUUCUCUUCUCAAUUAGACUUUGAUUCGCCACGAAAUGACUUGGGUUCAUCGCGUACUCCAGGAACACCUCGCGCUCGUGGCACCCCUUAUGGACGUGGUGAAAUGUCUCCCAUGUAUUUUGGUGACGAUAUUAUGAAUGCUACUUCACCUUUAGCUUAUCCCUCUACGCCCAUGCGUUCUCAUGCUUUUAGUUCACCAAACGCUGCUCGUACGCCUCGAACCACAUAUGUUAGAACUCCUCAUCUCAAUACUCAACUCGCUAGUAAUUCAGAAACUCAAGCAACGGACACUCCAGGAUAUCAUGCUGCUGCUCGUCUUUCUUCUGCAUUGGAUACUCAAGAAUCCGAUCCUUCCUUAUCGGUUCGCCUUAUUUGGGGUACUACUAUCAACAUUCAUGAAUCUAUGACCUCUUUCCGCAACUUUUUGAACAAUUUUACUUUGGCUCAUCGAAAACGAAAACUUGGUGAAACUAUCAAUGAUGAUGAUCAUCGUCCAUUCUAUCCUUUAUUAUUAUCUCAUAUUCGUGAUACAAAUAAUUAUGGUGUUAAUUUGGAUUGUCGAAAUUUAAUGGCUUAUCCUGAUACUCACAAGUUAUAUGAUCAAUUAAUCAAGUACCCACAAGAAAUCAUUCCCUUGAUGGAUCAUACUAUCACAACAUUUUAUAUGGGUCUUUUUGAAGAUAUUGAUUUGAAUAAUCAACAACUCAAAGUACGUCCUUUCAAUUUGUCUUCAUCUGUGAACAUGCGUGAUUUGGAUCCUCAGAACGUGGAUCAGCUCAUUACCAUCAAAGGUCUUAUGAUUCGUGCCUCACCUGUUAUUCCUGAUAUGAAAGAAGCCUUUUUCCGAUGUCUGGUUUGUGAACAUACCGUUACUGUCCGUGUAGACCGUGGAAGAAUUGUGGAACCUACAACAUGUGAAAGAGAACAAUGUAGUGCUGUGAACUCUAUGUCUCUCAUUCAUAACCGUUGUGGAUUUGCUGACAAACAAGUGGCAAGAUUACAAGAAACUCCUGAUUCUGUCCCUGAUGGCCAAACUCCUCAAAAUGUAUCAUUGUGUAUGUAUGAUGAAUUGGUGGAUGUUGCAAAACCUGGUGAUAGAUUGGAAAUCACUGGUAUUUUCCGUGGUGUACCUGUACGUGUCAAUCCUCGCCAAAGAGCUAUCCGAUCCUUAUUCCGAACCUAUCUUGAUGUAGUCCAUAUCAAGCGAACAAACAAGAAAAGAGUACAAGUUGACCAAUCACUUCGAGCUGAAAACUCUCGAGAAACCUACGAUGAAACAGAUGAUGUUGAAACCUUCUUUGCCGACGAUGAAGAAGUCAUUACUGAAUUAUCCCAAAGACCUGAUUUAUAUGAUACUCUCUCACAAUCAUUAGCUCCAAGUAUUUUCGAACUUGAUGAUGUCAAGAAGGGUAUUUUAUUACAAUUAUUUGGCGGUGCAAACAAAGUCUUCCAAAGGUCUGGUUCUCCAAGGUUUAGAGGUGAAAUCAAUGUCCUUCUUGUCGGUGAUCCUGGUACCAGUAAAUCACAAUUACUUCAAUAUGUCCACAAAAUUUCUCCUCGUGGUGUCUAUACCUCUGGGAAAGGUUCUUCUGCUGUUGGUCUUACUGCAUAUAUUACACGUGAUCCCGAUUCUCGACAGCUGGUACUGGAAAGUGGUGCUCUUGUAUUAAGUGAUGGUGGUGUAUGUUGUAUUGAUGAAUUUGAUAAGAUGUCUGAUGCUACAAGAUCAGUACUUCAUGAAGUGAUGGAACAACAAACUAUUUCAGUGGCAAAGGCUGGUAUUAUCACUACAUUGAAUGCUCGAACAUCCAUUUGUGCUUGUGCAAAUCCUAUUGGAUCAAGAUGGAAUAAAAACUUAUCUGUUCCUGGGAAUUUGGAUUUACCUCCACCCUUAUUGUCUAGAUUUGAUUUACUAUACCUUAUUUUGGAUCAAGUGGAUGAGGAUGCGGAUCGUAGGUUGGCGAACCAUUUGGUAUCUUUGUAUAUGGAAGACGUACCUUCAACUGCUGGUUUGGAUAUCAUCCCUGUAGAAACUCUUUCCAAGUAUAUUAGUUAUGCCCGAAGCAAGAUUCAACCUGUCCUUACUGAAGAAGCUGGUCGUCAUCUAGUAGAUCUUUAUGUGGAAUUACGUAAACAAGGGCAAGAUCGUGGUGGCCGUGAAAAACGUGUAACAGCAACAACCAGACAACUGGAAUCAAUGAUUCGUAUGUCUGAAGCUCAUGCGCGAAUGAGAUUAUCAGAAUUUGUAGAAGUAGACGAUGUCAAGGAAGCCUCCCGAUUACUUCGUGCAGCUAUCAAAGAUUAUGCUACUGAUCCGAAAACUGGACGUAUUGAUAUGGAUCUUAUUUUGAUGGGUACAGCUUCUCAUGAACGACAUCUUCAAGAAGACUUAAUACGGGAACUUCGUACUAUGAUCACUAAUCAAGAACAAAGUCAAGUUUCUUAUCAAAAAUUAUUCAAUGACUUUAAUUCUCAGAGUAGUGUGCCUGUUGACAACAAGUCGUUUGAUGAAGCUAUUCGAGCAAUGGAAAGUCAAGGUGAUAUCCGUGUGACUGGUGAUGGAAGACGACGUAUUAUUCGAAAUCUCAUCUUACGAGGUGGAAAUGAAUAGUUUAGAAUUCAUAUUUUUAUUAUAUAAAGUUAUUUUUGUUAAUCAGUCA